UAUUAUGGAUUCUUUAAUUUAAAAAUAUCUAUUUUUAAUUAUUAAUUAUUCAAAAAACACAAUAUUCAAAAAAUCAAUAAAUGGAUACUUAAAAUAAAUUUUUAAAUAAAAUGGAUGUGCUUACAAAGUUAAGAAAUACUGUUAGCAAUACAAUUUCUAAUACUGUUCAAAAUACUGCUUAUGGCUUGUCACAAUUAUCAAAUGUCCUUCCUGGUAAUCCAGUAACCAGAGAAUUUGAAGUAACUGCUCAUAUUGCGAGUGCAGGACCAUCAUUAUUGUGGAAAGUAUACAAUGGUUACAAAAAAUCUACAAAACAAGAGGCAGCAAUUUUUGUAUUUGAAAAACGUAUUUUGGAAAAAUUUUCAAAAAAUGAUAAAGAAUUAAUCUUAGAAACAUUAAAAAGAGGUGUUGCACAAUUAACAAAAUUACGUCAUCCACAAAUUUUAAUUGUUCAACAUCCUUUAGAAGAAUCAAGAGACAGUUUAGCAUUUGCAACUGAACCUGUUUUAGCUAGUUUAGCUAAUAUUUUGGGAAAUCAUAAUAAUUUGCCACAACCAUUACCUAUAGCAUUAAAGGAUUAUAAAUUACAUGAUAUUGAAAUUAAAUAUGGACUUUUACAGCUUGGAGAAGGUCUUGCAUUUUUACAUGGAGAUGUUAAAUUAUUACAUAGAAAUUUAUGUCCAGAAUCUAUUGUUGUUAACAGUCAUGGAGCAUGGAAAAUUUUUGGAUUUGAUUUUUGUGCAUUAAAUCAGAGUAUUGAAGGUAAACAACCUCAAUGGUCAUAUGUAGAAUAUGAUAUUUCAAGUACAUCUAUAGUUCAACCAAAUUUGGAUUAUCAAGCACCAGAAUGUAUUUUAGCAAGCAGUGUUGGUACAGCUAGUGAUAUAUUUUCUUUAGGAAUGGUGAUAUAUAUUUUAUAUUCUCCAAAGAAUGUACUUCCUCAUGAAUCUAAUAAUGACUUAUUAAAACACAAACAAUUUUUAGAAAAUUUUAAAAGUUCAACUAUUGCAGAUACAUUUCUUCCAACUUCAGAAACUCUCAAAGAUACAGUUAAAUUAAUGUUACAUCAUAAUCCUGAAUUAAGACCAGAUGCUCAUCAAUUUGUGAAGAUUGAAUAUUUUAUGGACAUAGGUGUGAAAACUCUUAAUUACUUAGAUAAAAUUUUUCAAUGGGAUAAUUUACAAAAAUCACAAUUUUAUAAAGGAUUACCUCAACUUUUGAAACAAUUACCACAUAGAGUUAUAUUACAUAGAGUUCUUCCAGCUUUAUAUAAGGAAUUAUUUAAUCCUCCAAUGAUUCCAUUUGUUUUACCUAGCAUAAUUUUUGCUAUGGAAACAAGUUCUGUGGAAGAAUUUAGAGAAUAUAUUUUACCUAAUAUUAAACAAGUUUUGACAUUGGAUGAUCCACCACAGAUUAGUCUUGUUUUAAUGCAACAUGCUGAUUUAUUAUUAAAAUUAUGUACUACUGAAGUAAUAAAAACAGAUAUAGUUCCAAUGUUAUUAAGAGCUUUAGAAUCUGAAUGGGAACAAUUACAAGAAUUAUGUUUAUCAGCUUUACCUAAUAUUAUAACAAUGAUUGAAGGACCAGUAAUUAAAAAUGCAAUUUUACCUAGAAUGAAAAAGAUUUGUUUAUAUGGAAAAGGAAACAAUAGCAAAAGUCUUGGAGUUAGAGUCAAUUGUUUAUUAUGUCUGGCAAAAAUGUUACCUCAUUUUGACCGAUGGCUUGUUCUUGAUCAAGUAUUACCUUUUCUACAAGAAAUUCCACAUUCUGGUGAACCUGCAAUUCUUAUGGCAAUUAUAGGUAUUUAUAGAAUGUUAUUAAGCCAUAGUAAACUGGGAACAAGUAAAGAAAUACUAGCAACAAAAAUUUUACCAUUUUUAUUGCCAUUAUGUAUUGAACAAAAUUUUAGUCUGUCACAAUAUGAAAUUCUUUCAAAUCUUGUAAUUGAAAUGAUAAAUCGUGUAACAUCAGAGCAUAAAGAAGCCUUGAAACAAUUAGAUGCCAUGCGCCGUGAAACUCAACAAUUAGAUCAACAACUUUCACAAAGUUCUACUAUUUAUAAAAAUAUUAAUUCAACAAAUAAUGAUAUUAAUAUAGCUCCCAUAGUUCCUACUUCAAAUAAAACUACAACUUUAAAGUCUUUGCAGAUUGAAAAUGGAUUAACAAUGGAAGAUAAAUUUCGAUUAAUUCAACAACAAGAAGUACAUCAAAGAUUACAAUCGCAAACACCAUUAAUACCAACAAUUGUUCAACCUACAAAACCACCAGUAAAAGAUUUAACUGAUACUUUACUGAAAUCAAAUUUAGAUCAGUUAAAUCUUUCAAUGUCAACUUCAAAACCUGAUUAUUCUUGGAAAAUACCAAAUUCUAAUCAAUACCAACAUUUUAAUCCACAAGGAAUGAAUGUACAAUUAAACCAAAAAGGAAAUACUUACAUUCCUAAUUCAAUUAUUCCUUGUAAUAGUAUUAAUUAUUCUAUGAAUCAAGAAAAUAUUACACUUAAUACAUUAGAAUUCAAAUCAAAUUUGAAUUCUAAUGCAAAUAAUUUUCCUGUUAAUCAAUUAGAAUUUAAUUCAAAUUUGAUUUCCAAUUCGAAUAAAAAAAUAGAAAAAUUAUCAUCUUAUGAUGUAAUGGAUUUACUUAGUUAA